AUGUCUCGAUUGAUCCGGGUUACCUUAAAUGAUACUUUAAUAGCAGAAUCAAAUCAAACAAAAUCAAUCGAAGGAAACUAUUACUUUCCACCUGAUUCAAUCGUCAAAGAACAUUAUGUUUCAUCUGAUACAAUCAGUCAUUGUUCUUGGAAGGGUAAAGCCAAUUAUUAUACAAUCUGUGGUGAAAAAGAUGUAGCUUGGUAUUACUCAGAUCCAUUAGAAAAAGCCAAAGAUAUCAAGGGUUAUGUUGCAUUUUAUAAGGGUAAAGUGGAUAUUGAAGAAACUGCAGCAACUAGUUAA